AUGUCUAACGAAAACGAAAGUUGUGAAAAAGAGAAAAAAGUAGGAAAACACCUACCAGGAAAAAGUCUUGUAGAAGAAUUUAUUCCUUUUAAAAUGGAAGUUAGUCCAUUUAAACCACGGCUAUAUAGUUAUUGGAUGGAUGCAUCACGUUGGAGUUCAAAAAUGCUUGAAAAAAUGCUUAUUAAAAAAGAGAUGAGAGGGAUUGGAUAUCGGAUGAAAAUUUUAUCAGUUACAGGACCAGAAUUUAUGAAAAUUGAUAGUAAAUUUAAUGUAAAACUUGGUGCUGAACUUCAAGAAUGGAGAAAUUUAUUAGCAUAUAGAGACGAGUGUAGAAAAGCAAGUGCUGCAUGUAUAUUACAACGUGCUAUUCGAUCACGUCAAAAAGUAAAAGAUUCAAAGAAAUAUAUUUAUUGUUCCAAAGUUGUGAAUGAAAUUAUUUCAACAGAACAAACGUAUGUUCAACAACUUGAUGUCGUUGUAGAUUUAAUUAUGAAACCAUUAAAAAAAUUAAAUAAACAAGAAGAAAUUAUAACAGAAGAACAAAUGAAAUUAAUAUUUUAUGGAUUAGCAAAUAUUCAAGCAACAAAUCAUGCUUUACUUGAUAAUUUAAUUGAGACUUGUACAAACUAUUCUCAAAAAACUUGUGUUGGUAAAGUAUUCUUAGAAUUUACACCAUUUCUUAAAAUGUAUUCAGAUUAUUGUAGAAUUUAUAAUAAUAUUUCUGAUAUGGUUUGUGUAACAUUAAAAUCACCUCAUCCAUUUGCAAAAUUUAUUAGUGACCAAAUGAAACAUGCACCAGUAGGUUUAAGACAUCACACAUUAACUUCGUUAUUAAUUACACCGGUUCAACGUUUACCAAGAUAUAAAUUAUUAUUAACUGAUUUAUUGCGUCAUUAUAAUUGGGAACAUCCUGAUUAUUAUGAUUUAAAAAAAGCUCAAGAAGAAGUCAAUAAAGUUGCUACUUAUGUUAAUGAAAUGUCUAGAAUGCAAGAAUCAACUGAAAUGACAUUAUAUUUAACGAAUAUUACAAAAGGGGUUCCUGAGGGAUUAAAUAUUUGUGAACCAGGAAGAAUAUUUAUGAGCCGUAAUGACAUUACAUUAUAUGAAACUAUAAUUAAAACACAUACUGUAAUGAUAAGUGAUGCAUCAAAUGAAACAGAAGAUUAUUGCGAUAUUAGUGGUAAUCAUAAUCUUGUUCAAAAAGAAGUCGAUUUUCCUGAAGUUGUUGAAAGUCAAGUGACAGUUAUUCUUUUUAAUGACAUUGUUUUACUCUUAACAGCUGAUGUUGCUGCAUCAAUAUGGAACGUUGGACUUAAAUUAUUUUCAAGCGUUGGAUUAGCUAAAGAACAAAAAUAUGAAGGAUUUUAUUAUUAUAAACAUUUCAAGUUAUGUAAAGUUAAUAUUGAAAAAGCACAAGAGAGUUGUGUUCAAAUUGAAUUUAAUGAAAAAGAAUUAAAGUCAAUGCAAUUAAAAUUUAUUGAUGAAAAAACUCGUGAUGACUGGUUUGAAAUUGCUGUUGAUUAUUGUGAACAACAAAAAAAGUUAGAAAAGUCUUUAGAAGAAAGAAGAAAUGGGUUAUUCCUUAGAAAUAUUCAAGACGAAAUUUUACGUAGAAAUACUUCAAAAAAGUAA